AUGUUCAGUCGUCUCAAUCAACUCACCCGUCAUCUCUCCCGCCCGACGCUAAAUACCUCCCCUCUCUCGACCGCGACCGCUCCGACCCCCGCCUCGAUAGUCUCGCCCUUUCGCAACCCGUUCCCGAAAAUGACAUCAUCCGCGGUGCUGAACAGUCGGAAGACGAUACAUACGGCGGCGUGUCUGAUUAUCGGCGAUGAGGUGUUAGGCGGAAAGACCAUCGAUACGAAUUCCGCCUUCCUGGCCAAAUACUGCUUCUCGCUGGGGAUUCAGCUCAAGCGGGUGGAGGUGAUCGCCGAUGAUGAGAGUGAGAUCAUUGAGGCGGUGCGGAGGAUGAGCCAUAAUUAUGAUUUCGUGGUGACUAGUGGUGGGAUUGGGCCGACUCACGACGACAUCACCUAUGAAUCGAUCGCCAAGGCAUUCAACCUGAAACUGAAACUCCACCAACAAGCCUUCGAGCGGAUGAAGAAGCUCUCCAAGCCUCAUCCCAUGCAGCCCAAAUUCGACUGGGACACGCCGUCGCCCAACCUCACCGCGAAACUCCGCAUGGUCGAGAUCCCCCAUGACAGCACCCUCCCCGAGGAACAGCAGGCGGUCUUCGUGGCCGAGGACAUGUGGGUGCCGAUCGCCAUUGUGAACGGCAAUGUGCACAUUCUUCCCGGCGUGCCUCGUCUGUUCGAACGACUUCUCGAACACCUGAAGCCGUCGCUUCUGCCGCGCCUGACUAACCCCGAGGGGAAGGGCAUUUACCGGUACUUGAUCAGCACGCCACUUCCGGAGAGCACGGUGGCGCCGUACCUGACGGACCUGGCUACGCGCACCGCUUCCCGGGGCAUCAAGGUUGGCAGUUAUCCUCGCUGGGGCAAGAAGCGCAACACGGUCACGUUGGUCGGAACGGACAAGGAAUUCAUGGAUUCGUUGGUCGCGGAGGUCGAGGAGAACGUUCAGGGCAAGAAGGUCGCCCAGGAGGAUGAGCUUGACCCGCCCUCUGACACGGAGGAAGGCAAGCCGAAGGAGUAUUCUCAGUGA